AUGUCUCAUUCAACAGCAACAUCAUCAGACAGUCCCUCUGAUCCAUCAAGUCCGACAGGCCAACUCUGCACUUGGAUCUCCUCACUUACAUACGACGACAUCAAUGAGGACCUCCGUACCCGCGCCAAAUACUUCAUAUUAGACGGCAUCGCUUGCGGCUUAGUGGGCGCUCACUUGCCAUGGUCUGAAAAAGCCGCCAAGGCUCUGCUGGACUUGGAGCUCACAGAAGGGUCUGCUGGUGUCAUUGGCUAUGAGCGUCGAAUCAAUGUUCUCAAUGCGGCCAUGUUGAACAGUUCCUUCAUUCAAGGAUUUGAGCUAGAUGAUUGGCAUACUGGAGCUCCAUUGCAUUCCAACAGCAUCAUCCUGCCCGCUCUGUUCGCCGCAUCUGAUCAUCUAUCGUUGAAAUCGGCCUCAUCGUCUGCCAAUGCUGGUCGGGAUCUUAUCACUGCAUAUAUUGCUGGACUGGAAGUUGGUCCUCGAGUUGGUCUUGCUCUUUAUGGGCCUCAUAUGUUAUCCAUGGGAUGGCAUUCCGGCGCCGUCUUUGGUCCUCCUGCGUCCGCAGCUGCUGUGGGCAAGUUCCUAGGACUAUCUGCCGGUGCCAUUGAAGAUGCUUUUGGUAUUGCAUGCACACAAGCUGGUGGUUUGAUGUCUGCACAGUUUGAAUCAGAAGUCAAGCGUAUGCAGCACGGCUUCGCGGCACGGAGCGGCCUUUUGGGUGCUAUUCUAGCCCAAACAGGCUAUGUGGGCAUCAAACGUGUAUUUGAGCGCGAAUAUGGCGGUUUCCUCAAGCAGUUCAGCAGUGGAAAUGGAAUGGAGCCGCAGUAUAAGACUGAAGAAAUUGCCAAGGACCUUGGCCAAAAGUGGUUGAUGAAAGGCGUUGCGAUAAAGCCAUACGCGAGCAUGGCUGGGACACACAACACAGUAGACUGCUUAACAGAUCUUCGCAGUCUCUACCCCGAAGCAAUCGGUGACUCUGAAGGUAUUGAGCGUGUCUUGAUCGAAUUGAGCAAACCUGCUUUUGAGCAUGGAGGCUGGGAAGCAACACGGCCACUGACAGCAACUGGAGCUCAAAUGAGCAACGCCUACGUUGCGGCAACAUACAUCGUUGAUAGCGCUGUUCUCCCGGCACAAUUCUCUUCUCAUAUGAUUGAGCGGGAUAUGAUAUGGGAUCUGGUUGGCAAGACAACCUGCGAGUUGAACGAAGAAUUCAGCAAACUGCGUACUCGAGUGACUGUCUGGCUGAAGGGCAGGUCGGAGCCUAUUGUUGCGGAUAGGGAGAUAGCCAAGAGCCUCGUGCCGCCAUUGAGCAAUAAUGAGAUACUGGAAAAGUGGAGGAAUAUUACGGCUAAUGUGAUUGACGAUGAAAGGAGACAGAAGAUUGAAGAUGUAGUUUUGAACCUUGAGGAUUGCAGCGAUCUCGGUAUAUUGGGCGAGCUGUUGAUGGGCAUUACGAAGAAUCCAAUUGGAUGA